GCCAGCAAACAGACUGUCAGCACCACCGGGCCCCGCAAGUCAGCGGACGCGCCAAGCCCAACCCGCGACAGCUGAGCGCGCGCCGCCACCGACACGCCUCGCCUGCCGCCGCGCCGGCCGUUGCCUCCUCCCCGCGAGCGAGUCCGCCACCUCGCCGGCCGCCGGGGAUGGACUGCUGCCGGCACGUGAACCCGUUCCGCGCCUGCGCGGGGCUGCGCGGGCUGGGCUACGUCAUGGUGGCGCUCGUCGUCGCCAUCGCUGCCGCCUCCUACUACGCGGUCGUCGUCUGCGCCUGGGGGCCCGUGCUCCUCGACGGGGGCGCCGCCGCGGCUGGGGCCGCCGCCGUGCUCGCCGCCUUCCACGUGCUCCUUGCAAUGAUUAUGUGGUGCUAUUUGAUGGUUGUUUUCACCGAUCCUGGUUCUGUACCUGAAAACUGGAGACAUGAUGCCGAAUAUAGUGGGGAUCCUGGUUCCUCUUCAGAGGAGCAAGGAAGUGCACCUAGAUAUUGCUCUCGCUGUCAAAAUGGCAAACCUCCCCGCUGUCAUCAUUGUUCUGUCUGUAACAGAUGUGUGCUUAAAAUGGACCAUCACUGCAUUUGGGUAGUGAAUUGUGUUGGAGCAAGGAACUACAAGUAUUUUCUCCUUUUCCUGGUGUAUACAUUUGCUGAGACAGUGCUGGAUACCUUGGUACUACUUCCGUACUUUAUUGAGUUCUUUCAAGAUGAAAGCAGGCGUUCCAGCUCCCCUGGGGAUAUUGCUAUUCUAUUUAUUGCUUUUGUUCUCAAUUUAGCAUUUGCGCUGAGCCUUCUUUGUUUCAUUGGCAUGCACGCGUCUCUCGUUACAAGUAAUACAACUUCUAUAGAGGUCCACGAGCGAAAGAAGUCAGUUUCAUGGAAAUAUGACCUAGGAUGGAGAAGAAACUUGGAGCAGGUCUUUGGCUCCAAAAAAUUGUUCUGGUUCGUUCCCUUGUACUCUACAGAGGAUCUGCACAACAUCCCUGCGCUUCGAGGCCUUGAGUUCCCCACUCGUUCUGACGCAAUUGUCUAAUUGCACAUGAUGUCUAGCAUCAGUAGACUUAUAAAAUGUGUGAAUUAAUGUGCAAUUAGACAAUUUCUGUAGACUUAUAAAAUGAUAACUGGUCGUCGCACUGUAGACUUAUAAAAUGACGCAAUUGGAUUUCUGUACAGAAAUUUGUUAAUCUUUUUUUUGGUACAGAAAACACAUGUCGAUUCUUUUGUACACUAGCUGUAAGAACCAACAAAGAUUCACUCGAUCCUCUUAAUUCUUUGUUGACUUAUAAACAGUUUCAAAAAAUUUCCCCUUGUAGUUGCCCUAGAAGAAAGUGAUGUUUGCAAUUGAUGGUUAA